GGGAAUCUUCAUUGUCGCCUACCACGGCCAGAAUAUUGAUCAGCACGACCUUCGUUUUUCUCUCUCCUUCCAGUUCUCUUCUUUCUCUCUCUACACUCCACCAUAGCUAUGGCUUUUCCUCAGCAGAAACACUUCCAGCAACCGCCGCCUCAACCACACCAACAAUCCAAAGCUUUCAGAGAUUUAUAUAACGUGGAGGGUCAGAUUUCACAGCCUGUGGCUUACUUCAACGGCCCUAAUCUUCCCGAUCAGUCUCAGCAUCCUCCUUAUAUUCCUCCUUUUCAAGUGGCCGGAUUAGCUCCUGGUACUGUGGAGGAAAGUGGGCAGGAUUUGCAGUGGAAUUAUGGGUUGGAGCCGAAGAAGAAGAGGCCAAAGGAGCAAGAUUUUCUGGAGAACAAUUCUCAGAUAUCUUCUCUGGACUUCUUGCAGCCACGAUCAGUGUCUACUGGCCUCGGAUUGUCCCUUGAUAAUGGGCGAUUGGCGUCAUCCGGGGACUCGUCCUUUCUGGGUCUUUCUGGGGAUGACAUUGAACGCGAGCUGCAGAGACAGGAUGCCGAGAUUGAUAGGUACAUCAAAGUUCAGGGUGACCGUUUGAGGCAAGCUAUUUUAGAGAAGGUUCACGCGAAUCAACUACAUACUAUAUCCUAUUUUGAAGAAAAGGUCAUUCAAAAGCUACGUGAGAGAGAGGCUGAGGUUGAAAACAUCAACAAGAAAAAUGUCGACCUUGAGAUGCAAAUGGAACAAUUAGCUCUGGAGGCCAAUGCUUGGCAACAGCGAGCCAAAUACAACGAGAGCCUGAUUAACACACUCAAAUUCAACUUACAACAGGUUUAUGCUCAAAGCAAAGAUAGUAAAGAAGGAUGUGGUGACAGUGAGGUGGAUGAUACAGCAUCUUGUUGUAAUGGGCGUGCCAUUGAUUUUCACCUGCUUUGCAGGGAUAGCAAUGAAGUGAAGAAGUUGAUGACUUGUAAGGUUUGUAGAGUCAACACAGUAUGCAUGCUACUGUUACCAUGUAAGCAUCUCUGUCUGUGUAAAGAAUGUGAAAGUAAGCUUAGUACUUGCCCAUUGUGUCAGUCCACAAAGUAUAUAGGUAUAGAGGUUUAUAUGUAAUUGGAUAAUGUGAAUCUAAUUUGACGCUAAUGUAUAUGUAUUCAGUGACAUUAUUCCCUUAUAUUUUCUAUACUUUGUUGCUUACCUGUUCAGCGACACUAUGUAUUCUCUACAAAUGUACUAUCCAAAGUCACAGACUUUAUUAUUACCCAGUAAAAGUCUGGUCUUGUUUAGGAGUCUUA